AUGGGCGUGUUGUUUUCAAAGGUAUGGCAAGCCUUCUUCAGCUACGACGAAUUCAAGGUCAUCAUCGUGGGUCUCAACAACGCCGGCAAGACCACCACCCUCUACAAACUGCUUCUGAAUGAAGUGGUGGCGACAGCCCCCACCAUCGGCAGCAAUGUGGAGGAGAUUGUCUACAAGAACAUCAAGUUUGUGAUGUGGGACAUCGGGGGACAGGAGGCCGUGCGGUCCUCGUGGACCACCUACUACGUCAACACCCACGCGGUGAUCCUGGUCGUGGACAGCACAGACCGUAAGAAUGUGAAGAUCGUGAAGGAGGAACUCGAGAAGAUGCUUCGACACGAGUCGCUUCGCACGGCCAAGAUACUGGUGUUCGCCAACAAGCAGGACCUGAAGGGGGCCAUGACCUCGGCCGAGCUCUCCGACGCGCUCAAUCUGCACGCCGUCAAGGACCACGACUGGCACAUCCAGGCCUGCUGCGCUCUCACGGGAGAGGGGUUGUUUGCGGGCAUGGACUGGCUGGCGCAGCAGAUCAAAGGAUGA